GUGCUUCAACAUCUAGCACUUUGCCUAAUAUUGAAGUCACGUCAUUCAUACCCGUCACAAUUGAAGGAAUGCCUCGCGUGACCGUCACUCCCUCCUCAUCAUUUGUUAGAAAUUUGUACGGAUCACAAAUCAUAGCUUGCUUUGCAGAGUCUCUGAUUUAUGCACCAUGGGUUCGCUGGUUCAAAAAUGCAGAUCAGAGACUCGGUUAUUCUUCAAUAACAGGAAGCAAUUACACGAUAACUUUCCCUUUUACAACAACUGGAAUCAAUGUGACUCAUUACACUUGCAGUGCACAAAAUUCAGUCGGGAUUGUUACAAAUGCCUCUGUUUCAGUAGUAGUGAGAGGCUUACCAGGGGGGUGGAGUUGGUGGACCGACAAUUCUCUGUGUAGCGUCAGUUGCGGACCUUCAGCAGGAAUCAGAAUCAGAACAAGACGUUGUUAUAAUCAAAAUGGCUGCUCUGGUCCAGCAAUUAAUGCAUCAACUUGCUACUCCUAUAAGCCUUGUCUGUCCGUGGAGACAACCACAUCAGCUGCUUUAACAGUAAAGACUACGUAUACGUCAGAUGCCGUUGUUACUACCGAAACGGCGUCUACAGUUACAAGUUUGCCAACGACUACUCAAAAGAUAAAAAGCCCUAAUAAGACGAUUUCCGAUACAGAGGACAAGUCACUUUCUACUGCUGUGAUAGCAGUGACGUGUAUCAUUCCGACAGCAAUCGUUACCUUUGUAGUCACGGUUGCCAUGAUGUACUACAUAUUCAAAAGAAAGGACAAUGACCGUGAUGCACCACCAGAACGAGCUCGAAACAGACAAGAUGUAGGAAAGUCUGACACACGUGCUUCCGCCCACGACAGAUAUGAUUCCUCGGUUACGUUCAAAAAUAAGAAAAAUGACGUCAAAAUUGAAAGGCCCCAAGCAACUAAUUCAGAACCAAGCGAAACGGUUGAUUUUGUUGAAGAGGAGUAUUAUGAAGAAGUGGAGCAGGUGUCAGGACUCCACAAGCGACCAUUUGGCAAGCAAACAAGUUCUAGUGCUCGUAAACCUCAAGCAAGUUAUGAAGGUAGCUACAAGCAUCCUAAACCCCAAGCAAGUGAAGGCAGUUACAAGCAUCCUAAACUCCAAACAAGUCAUGAAGGCGGUUACAAGCAUCCUAAACCCCAAACAAGUUAUGAUAAACUAAGUUCCAAUGUCAGGCCAUCGACGAAAGCCUCAACAUCAGUGAGAUAUGUUAACGUUCCGUCUCAACACUCAUCACAAACUCAGCAACAAUACGAGGAGGACGACUUCUACGUCCAACCGGACGGCUGCGCACCCGAUAAAAGGCAUUAGGUCUAUAUACGGACGUCUAUACAUCCAAACAAUUGAAAAUAUUCUGAAAACUGAAAAAUAGAUAUGUCGACGAGUAGCUUUGCAAGCUGUGAUAUAGCCGCAUGGGAUUGGACUAUAAUUAUUUGGAAUUUGACUUGGUAGUAUGUACUGUAGUCUAGUUACGACUGCAAUUGCUUAGGUACCGCGACAGUAAACACGCCAAGUUUUAUGUAUCGAUCGAAACGAUGGUUAGCUCUUGA